CUUGAAGCCCUUGAAGCUCGUGACAUUCUAAGCGGAAGAAAGGUUGAUGCCGAAAAAGGGUCAGUUCUUAAGGCUGAAAUGGCAAAGAAAAACUUGCAUACUAAACGUGGUCUUCCUGGUGAUCAAAAUACCGCUUAUCCUCUCAUAUCCCCAACCAAACGUUUUCCAACUCCGAGUAAUAUCAAUACCGCUAAUGCUACAUAUGAAGCCUUCUAUUCUGUUCCUCCUCUCGCUCCUCCACCCUUACCAAGUGAUCUUCUUUCUCCUCAGGAUUAUGGUUAUGAUUUUUAUUCUGAUGUGAGUGUAUAUACUCCUACAACGCCCACAACCCCUGUGUUCCCUGAUCAAACUCCUUUCUCUUCUUCGACUCGUGGUUCUUUUGAUGCUGCGAAUGGUUUGGUUGGUGCUACUUCACGUCCUCGAUAUAUUACUACUAAUAGUACUAAGGGAAUCUUUGAUAAUGAAGAUAUUAACUACCUUUCAAAAUCUAACCCUGUUGAAAUUGUUUCUAAAACCGUAAAGACUCCAACAAAUGGCUUUAAUUCUGCUUUGCUUGUGAAUGAAGACUUGCCACUCGCAAUGUCUCAACUAUCCAUUAACACUUCAGCUGUUCCUCCAUCCGUCGUCUCCUCUUCUCCAUCAGUCUCUUCUCCUGGCUUUCGUCCUCCAAAUCCGGCUGAUCAAAAUCCUCCCUGUAAUACUCUUUAUGUUGGAAACUUGCCAAUGAAUACUUCCGAAGAUGAACUUAAACAAUUGUUCUCUCGUUGUCCUGGUUAUAAACGCAUUAACAAUAAUGGCAAUGGGCUUAAUGGUUUUAAUGGUGAAAGACGAGGUUCCACAUAUAGCUUAACUGAUCGUAGAGAUUCUACUUUCAGUUUGGAACGUCGGGAUAGCACAUACAGUUUAACUGAUCGCAGGGAUUCUUUUAGUUUGGAAAGACGUGAUUCUACCUUUAGUUUUGGAAGCAGUUCUGGUCCUACUUUUACUCAUGCAGAACGAUUUAAUCUAGAUCGUAGAGAUUCUUUUUUAGCGUCUGAGAGGAGGGAUUCUUUAAGGGAUCCCUUUUUCCCGCCAGAACGGAGGGAUUCCUUCUCAUUUGAUCCUCAAUUGGCAUAA